CCUGCUUUACCAUCUCUACUUUGGGCGCUAUAAUAUUGCAUGUUUUUUAUUCUUGUGAAUAAUAAAGGCAACAAUGUCGAAUAAAGAUGAACUUAGUCAAGGAGCCAAGCAGAGAUUUGUGGAGACCGCAGCCAGGGCCAAAAAUCCUUUGGAAUCUGUAAACUAUCAAAGCUACAAGUCUCCCAGCGGAGAAGAAUUCAAACUGAUUUGCCGUACUAAGACGGAUGCGGAUACAAAGUUGCUGAAAUGGGCAUUUAAACUGGCGGAAAUCAACGUGGGACCCUACUACAAACAACUCAAGAUGGGCUGGCAGCCAAAGAUUAAAUCCGCUGAGUUGAACAAAAACUGGGCUCGUUAUUUGGUGGCCCAAAACGAUAAAAAAGAGAAUGUGGCCUACGCCAUGUUUCGGUUUGAUAUGGAUCACGGAGAUUGUGUUUUAUAUUGCUACGAAAUGCAAGUGGCAGCGGAGUACCGAAGGAAAGGUCUGGGAAAAUUCAUCAUGAGCACUCUGGAAGACUGCGCCCGCCUUUGGCACCUGGAAAAGGUUAUGCUGACUGUGCUGAACAACAACGAACCAUCUAUUUCCUUCUUCAACCAACUGGGCUACGUCAAGGAUGAGAUCUCCCCUGAUGUCCUGGAACAAGCAGACUAUCAAAUCCUUAGCAAAUCCAUGCUGAGUUGA